GCUCACAGCCAUCACCUUAGCAAAAUGAAAACUACUUGAAGGCAAGUGCUCACUGUUGCCUCUACUGUACGAUUUACACAUCAUCUCCCGACAUCCUCAGACACGGAUGAACGUUGAAUACUGACUUGUAUCACGGGUGACCUGGCUGCAAGUGUUGAAGAUGCUGGCUGACUUCCACAAUCAGGCCUCACUUCCGACAGGUGUGCUGACCGCUGUGCCCACCUACUCUUCCUUCAAAAUGAUGUUGCAAAGGCUUGGUGCAGCCGUUGUUCCCUACUACCUAGAUGAGGAGCAGUGUUGGGCGAUGGAGGUGGAGGAGCUACGCAGAGCAUUACAGGCCUCUAAGGGUGUCUGCAACACAGUUGCCCUGUAUGUCAUCAACCCGGGGAAUCCUACAGGUCAUGUUCAGAGCAGGAAGUGUAUUGAAAAGGUGAUCCGAUUCGCUGCUGAGGAGAGGCUCUUCAUCAUGGCUGAUGAGGUGUAUCAGGAAAGUGUGUUCGGAGAGGGCAGUGAGUUUGUCUCCUACAAAAAGGUUCUGUCUGAAAUGGGGCCUCCUCUCUCUCACACAGUGGAGCUGGCCUCUUUCCACUCAGCAUCCAAAGGCUUCAUGGGAGAGUGUGGGCUUCGCGGGGGGUACGUGGAGCUGGUGAACCUUGACCCCGCCGUCAUGAGGUACGCCUACACCCUCUUUUCCACUGACAUCUGUGCCCCUGUGACUGGUCAGCUAGCCCUGGAGCUCAUGGCUAACCCUCCCAGGCCAGGGGACCCAUCAUACCCGGUCUAUGCCCAGGAGACCCAGUCUAUCCGGGCCAUGCUGGUCCAUAACAUGAACUGGGUCCCAGAGUUUCUGAACAAUAUCCCAGGGAUCAGCUGUCAGCCAAUGAUGGGAGGAGCUUUCGUAUUUCCCCGGCUGUAUCUACCCCAAGCAGCCAUUGAGAAGGCCAAGGUGGUGGGGAUGCAGCCUGACCUGUGGUACUGUAAACGGUUACUAGAGGAGGCAGGAGUGUGUGUGGGACCGGGGUGUGAGUAUGGACAGAAGGAAGGCACCCACCACAUCAGACUGUGUGUCAUGACCCCAGUGGAAACCAUGGAAGAGGUACUGAAACGCCUGAAGAACUUCCACCUGCACUUCCUCAAGGAGUUCUCCUGAUAACUGGCUUCACCUUACAGCCCAAAGAUUAAUAAUACAUUUAACUUCAGACACAAUCACAGUACAGAGAAGAAAAUUGCAACCAGUAACAUUGUUUAACAUCUUUAUCUUUCAACAGAUCAUAUUUAAAUAAAAAAUAAUGGUUAACAAUA